CUGCUGGAAUGGGUAUUCCUUACAACCGCAAAGUGUUUAAAAAGAUUGGGAAUAAGGGAAUGGCUAUUCCAUUCCCCCAACCCAACAUGCUGUUGUAAAGCCCUGGUUUGAGCUUCUGAUUUCAUUUGCCGACCUCCUCCCCUGGCUCCCUCUCUCUGUCUCGUGAAUCCAAUCUCUUUGUCGGCUUCUGAGUUCGCAUUUUUAGUCAGUAACUGCCCAAGAAGAAACAUGGCAGAAGAAGUGGAUACAUGGGGAAAAGCCAGAAAAGCAGCGGAUGAUUUGUACGAGCUUAGGGACACUUUUUUCCCACAAAAUCCAGAUGAUAAAGCCUCUAAAUUGCAACAAGAAUCCGAUCUCGCUCUCAAGCUCCUCGAUUCUAUUCCUCCUGAGCAAAGAAAAUUACCUGUGGAGCGUGCAACAUAUCAGUAUUUAAGAGGGAAGAUAUUAGAUGUAGUGCCUGACUAUCGGAAGGAAGCAGAGGAUCACCUCUCAAAAGCAGUUAAGUUGAAUCCAUCUCUUGCAGAUGCUUGGCUUUGUUUGGGUAACUGCAUUUGGAAGAAGGGAGAUUUACCUUCAGCAAAGAACUGUUUUAAUCUUGCACUAAGCAAGGGCGCGAAUAAGAAUAUACUUUGCCAACUAUCAAUGCUGGAAAGAAAAAUGGCUCAAGGUGCUGAGAAUCAAUCACAAAUGGUUGAGGAGAGCAUUCAACAUGCCAAGGAAGCUAUAUCUUUGGAUGUCAAGGAUGGAAAUUCUUGGUAUAACAUGGGAAAUGCUUGCCUGACAAGUUUUUUUGUAACUGGGGCAUGGGAUCAUAGCAAGCUUCUACAGUCCUUAAAAGCGUACCAAAAUGCUGAGAAAGAUGAAAGGAUGAAGUCAAAUCCAGACCUAUAUUUUAAUUGUGCAACAGUAAACAAAUAUCUAGAGAAUUAUGAUAGGGCUCUUAGUGGCUUUGAAGCUGCUGCCUUAAAGGAUCCAAGUCUCAAUGCUUCUGAGGAGGUUGAAAAGAUGCUUAAUCUUCUCGACAAGCUAGAGAAUUUGCUGAGGGGACAUGGUAGGGCAAAACGACUUGCUUCUUUUGCAUCAACAAUCAGUCGUGUUAAUUUGAACCCUUCGUACAAAAGGACCACUCUAGAUGUACUGUCAGAAGGUCUAAAUAAAGCAGUUGCAGUACUGGGAAAAGUGGUGUUGUUUGUUAAGCAUGAGAAUAUCACCCCCCUAUACUUUUUGGUAUGCGAUUCAAAUCAAAGCUGCUUUGUUCUGUCAGUAUAUGGUAUAUGUAAUGAUGCAAUUAAAGAAGGAGAUCAACUAACAUUGUUGGAACCUUAUUUCCAUCAUGUUGAUUUUUCUUGGAGAGGAAAGCAUCACCAGUUCAAAUCAAUUCGUGUGGAUUUCGUAGAGCAAGUGCUUGUGAAUGGAAAAGUUCUUCCUCCUCAUCAAGCCAUCCACACAUCUAUUUACGCUCAACAUAAACCGUGAGCGUUGUUUGAAGUAGAAUAGCUAUUUCUGUUUUAAAGUUUUCCCCUCAUUUUUCUCAUCGGUUCUAUUUUGUACUGUGUAAAUAUUUUGUUAUUAAGGUCAAUAUGCUUGCAAGUUCAAAUUCAGAUUGGUAUUCAAGCUCAUUCUCAAUUUUGAAGGGCAACUGAUACACUAUUUUUUUUUUUUUGAAAGGCUGAUGUUUGUUUUGGUAGAAAAUGUUGGUUUAUGUUUCUUGAUGCUCAUUUAUCCCAUAUUGAUCUAAGAUGCAGGACAUAAGAUUAUUAAUUUA